AUGUCAGUCAUUCGGGUUAAUGAAUUUCAAGGGCAAAUCAGUUUUAUUGUUGAUACUAAUGAUGACGCAGUAGACGUAAUAGCAGUUGAAAAUGUUGAAAGUAAACCAAAUGAAAAUAUUCGAUAUUCAACAUAUAAAAAUCUGCUCGUCAUAUCGAUAUCAUUUCUUCUACAAUACAUUUCUUAUGAUUCAAUUAAAAAUCUUCAAAGUUCAAUCAAUAGUGAUGCAAACGUUGGUGUUCAUUCUCUAUCAAUUAUUCAUGGAUGUUUUCUAUUCUCAUCAUUAUUUUUAUCACAUCCAAUUAUAUCGAUAUUCGGUUUGAAAUGGACACUUUUCAUAGGUCAAAUACCAUUUCUCUUGAUCAUAUCCGCAAAUUUUCAUCCGGAAGAGUAUUUAAUGUAUCCAGCUGCUGUUUUUGUUGGUUUGUCAUCACCGUUGUUGUGGACAUCAGCAUAUAGUUACAUAACAGAUUUAGCAAGCAAAUAUGCGGAGAAGACGAAUGCUAAGAAAGAAGUGAUCAUUGGUCGAUUCAUCGGUAUUUUCUAUAUGUUUGAUCAAUCAGCACAAAUUUGGGGAAAUCUUUUGUCAUUUUUGAUACUCUCACCUGAAGAUGAUUCUAAUACGAAUGAAACAAUAUGGGAAAGUAAUUUCUCCAUUUACGGAAAAUGUGGUGCUGAUUUCAGCGAAAGAGAAUACAAUGAUACAUUAAGUAUUCAUUCAAUCGAGCGAAAAACCUUCAAUACACUUUGUAUUAUUUACAUUUGUAUCUGUGCGUGUUCUAUUCUUCUAACGUUAUUUUUUCUUGAUCGGCGAGAUGUGAAAUCUCAAGAAAAACUUUCAGUAAUAAUUCGCAAAUCAACAAAAUUGUUUAUCUCAACAAUCAAACAAAUUGGCAAUCGAAUUCAAAUAUUUCUCAUACCAAUAACAAUCUUAAUCGGUCUUGAACAAGCAUUUAUAUCAGCUAUGUUUUCCAAAGCUUUUGUCAGCUGUACAAACAAUCCGAAAUACGUUGGAUUAGUUUUUAUCGUUUAUGGUGUUUGUAAUUCACUUGGGUGUUUCAGUUUCGGUCAUUUAAUUAAGUUUAUUGGACGUUGUCCAAUAUUUUUAUGUGCGUUUUUAAUUGAUUGCAUUUUGAUAAUAGUUAUGCUAAUUUGGAAACCAGCAGAGAAUACGUUGAUCAUUCUAUGUGUUAUUAUUGCUUUUUGGGGUAUAACAGAUGGAAUAUGGUUAACGCAAAUCACUGUUUUAUAUGGAAUUUUAUUUCCGGAUAAAAAUGAAAUUGGAUUUUUGAAUUUUUGUCUUUGGGAAUCGGUGGGUUAUCUUGUAUUUUAUUUAUUAAUGCCAUUUAUUCGCAUCAGAAUUGCUCUAAUCAUUCUUUUGAUUGAUCUUGUCUUGAGUAUAGUUGGAUAUGGAAUAAUUAAAUAUCGAUGGAUAACCAAACAAGAUGAAAAUACGGAAAAUAGACCAUAA